AUGUCUCGCGCCAUCUCCCGCGCGCCCGCGCGCGCGCCCGCGCGCGCCAUCGCGCGCCGACGCCACCGGACGCGCGCGCGCGCGACCACCACCACCGCCGAAGUCGACGCGUUCGCGCGCGAAAUCAGCGGCGAAUGGAUCGGGCACUGCGCGAGCUUCGAUCCGAUCAGCGGUGAACCCUCGAGUCUGCCGUCGUCGAUGGUUCCGGACGCGUUCCGCGAGUGGGGGAUGGACAUAAAGGAUUGGCAGAGCCAGUGCUCGACGACGGUUCGGGACGCCGCGAGCGGGACGGAGUUGUACUGCAAAGACGCCCGGUUCGUUCCGGUGGUCGGAUGCGAGGCCGACGCGUCGACGGUGGAGAGCUUCGAGCGCGACGCGAUCGCGAUCGAGCGCGUGGCCGUGGAGGCGGGCGCGCGCGGCGGGUACAGCGCGUGUUACGAGGACCAAAAAGGCGUAGAAAUCGUACAGCACUGCGUCGUGAACGACGCGCUCGAUCCGCCGAUUCGCGUGCGCAUGAAGCAUCGCGCGGACGGGUGUGGUGCGGUGCGCGUGUGGCGAGAAGCGAUGGAUGAACCGUUUUGCGACGGCGGCUCGUUGGCGUCGUCGUGCGGCGGCAACAGCGCGGUGGCGAAAUUCGCCGAGUAUCCGCGAGACGCCGCCGACGUCGUCGCGCGCGUCGACGCCGAUUUCACCCUUCCCACCAACGCGACGCAACUUCCCGUGGGUAUUUGGUUCUCCAUCGUCGUCGAGGAAGACGGUUCGUACGCGUCUCAACUCGGGUACGCCGACGAGAAAACCGCCUCGCACGUCGCGAGCGCUCGCUCGCGAUCCGGCCGCGACGAGUCCUCCGUCGUCGUCCGCUUUCACCGCGCGCUCUCGCCUUAA